AUGGCCCCGAUCCAUGGACUGAAACGUGUGAUGUUGACUGCCCUGUUCCUACAGUGUGGUGUGGCAGUUGGCGAAGAAACACUAGUACCACGAGCAUCCCAGUCGCCAUCAACCUCGAGCACGUCCAUGUCAACUUUCGCGACAACUUGCAACGGUCGCCCGGAGUACUGCACGCGACCUUAUUCAAACAUCACAUUUGUAGGCGCCCAUGAUUCACCCUUUGUCGGGCAUCUACCCCAGCAGAAUCAGAACAUCGAUAUAGAAGCACAACUCGACAUGGGGAUCCGGUAUCUGCAGGCACAAACACACCAUUCGGUCUUAAACAAUAAGACAAUAGAGCUGUGCCAUACAUCAUGUUUCCUCGAGGAUGCAGGGCCUCUCAAGUCGUUCUUGGGAACCAUCAAAAACUGGCUCGACUCGAAUCCGAACGAAGUAGUCACUCUCCUGUUGACCAACGGAGACUCGGUCUCGAUAACCGAGUUCGGAGAUACCUUCAUCAGCAGUGGCAUUCAUGACUACGCCUAUGUUCCAUCCACCGAUCCGCUAUUAAUUGCCGACUGGCCCACGCUGGGGGAUUUGAUCGCUAGCGGAAAGAGACUGGUCGUAUUCCUGGACUACGGGGCCGACACUAAACAAGUAGAUUAUAUUCAAGAUGAAUUUGCAUAUUAUUUCGAGACAGCCUAUGACGUGACCGAUUCCUCUUUCUCGAGCUGCAGCAUAGACCGGCCCGCUGGUGCUGCCGGUACAGGCCGCAUGGGUAUUGUCAAUCACUUUCUUGAUCUCGACCUUUUUGGCGUCAAGAUCCCCGCUCGUGAAAAGGCCGACACGACCAAUGCUGCGAUGGGACUGGGGAGUAUUGGUGCUCAGGCCGCUCUUUGUGCGGGGCUGUACGGGCGUGCGCCGAAUGUGGUGUUGGCGGACUUUGUAGACAAGGGGGAUGUGAUCACGGCCCAGGAUAACUUGAAUGGGUUCUAG